UAACUGCCCUUCUACCGCCUUGCCUUUUGCAUGUAGAUGCAAUGUAGUGAUGUCUUUGGGUCAGCCAAUGUUGGACGUUGAUUGCCAUCAUGCUGGCUUGAUAGAUCUCUCGCUUUUGACGUUACUUUCUCAGGAAGAACGGCAGUGUGUGAAAAGCUUAGAUUUAAGUGGAAAUGCUGUAGAGCAAGUGAAUGCUACUGUGUUUUCGAAUCUCACACAUCUCAGAGAUCUGUAUGUAUUAAAGUUUGUAAAAGAGGGUGACGUUACAAGGUGACAAUUUGAUGCACUCUGUCUUAAUUAGAUCUUUGUCUGAAAACAGAUUGAAUUCACUUGAUCAAGAUGUAUUCGUACACUUGCCAAUCUUGGAGAGAUUAAAUUUGUCUGACAACCACAUUAGCUACAUAUCAUCAAAUACAUUUAGAAACCUACAGAACCUGAAAGAACUGAGUUUAGCUCGGAUGAACUUGAGUAGCUUUCCUGAUCUGCAGAAUCUGUCAUUAAAUCUUACUAUUUUGUAUGCUUGUUGUCUUGUAUUAAAGUUAGGGAUUGACUUGAUUUAAUUAAUGACAGGCAACUAAAUGACAACAAAAUAAUGACAAUUGACAAAGUCAACUUUGAGCCUUUGGAAGGAACAAAUGACUGGAUAGAUAUUGAUUUAUCUGGAAAUCCUUUAGUUUGCGACUGUCAACUAGCUUGGAUUGCUGAUUGGCUUGUAAGGUAUCCACUGGUGAAGUUGGCCUUUAGAGCAACAUGUGGUAGUCCUACAUUUGAAGUGGCUGGUCACCAUGUGACUACGUUACACAAAGACCAAUUCUUGUGUGACCAAAAUGAAUGCAUUGAGAAUAAUGCUGGCUGUGAGCACAUUUGUGAAAACACAUAUGGCAGCUAUGAGUGCCAGUGUAUGAAUGGCUACAUGUUAUUCAACCAGUUCGAGUGUGGUUUUCUUCCUAAUGCAAUAGUGGUCGCUCUGUCAAACAGUACUGUUCAUUCAGCCAUUGGACUUUCAGAAAUGAGAAAUCAGACGGCUGUUUUCCUUGGCGGAAAUGUGACUCUUGCAUGCAAAGUUGAUGGUGUUCCUACACCAACAGUUAAAUGGCAGUUCAAGGGCAACUUUAUUGGAUUGGAUUAUGAAUUACAGCUAAGAGAUGUGCAACUGUCAGCUGCUGGAAAGUACACGUGUUUAGUUGAAAAUCAACUUGGUGACACAAUAGAUGUGAUUGACUUGGAAGUUUGGCCAGAAUUGAGUACUCUUCCUCGUGCAACGUCUUGUCCUGCAGUCCAUGUGGCAACUCUAAAGGGAGAAUUCGAACUCCCAGGACACAGAGGUGUAGAGAAAUACUUUCUGCUACCAUGCAGCGAAGGACCAUUGUGUGGAGUUUCUAGUAGCAAUGUAAUGGGUCACUUCAAGUGUUCUGAUGGGAUGUGGCAAGUGAUAGAUGUAGAACUUUGCCAAUAUGCAGAUCAAGCUACACGGGACUUGCAAUGUUUGUCUGUGCUUACAGUGAAUGAGACAAAUGCUGAGUGGAUACCUAAGCAACUUCGAGUGCAAACUGUUAACCGGAACAUGAAUUAUUUGCAAAUUGAUUUUGCUAUUGAUACUUUGGAAUCCUUUUUGACUCACUCAAUUUUUCUAUCAACCAAGAUGAUUGAAAACACUAUUUACUCUAUGAGCCAGUUAAUGGCAGCACUGGAGCUGAUUUCUCAUCCAAUGCUACAACUAGGCUACUCUAAUAGGCUUUCUCGUUUGAUUCAUCAUAUAUCUCAAAUUGAGAUCAACUAUCAAGACAACAGCUACAUGUUUUCUAUAGACUCUCCUUUGUUGUAUUAUAAAGUGGCUUCAGCAGGGUCACAUCGUCAUCUUGUCUUGAACAGGUCCAGCCAGGCAUUAGUCAGGUUUUCUGAUACUUUUAGCACAGUAGACUUGGAAAGUAGCUCAAGUGGAGAGUUAACAUCUGGACAAACCUAUAUGUCAUUACCAGGGAACACAGGAUAUCUAGUGCAAUACAAGAGUGAUGUCCUAUUUCAGAAUGGUGUUGUGGACAUGCAAGAUGCUUGUAGACUAGAUGAUUGUCGCACUCAUUGGACAAACUCGGUAAUCAGUGCACCGAUCGUGAGUGUGGGGACAGGAAUAUCAGGUGGAAGCACCAAUCAAACAACAGCUAUUCAACUGACAUUUCAAUCAUUGCAGGAUGGAGUUGAUCCACUUUGUGUUCAUUGGGAUUAUGCAGCAAAUGGUAGUGGAGGAUGGUCAUGUGCCUAUUGUGCUCUGAAAGCUUGGUAUAAUGACAAACCAACGUGUGAAUGUGCUCUCAGAUCUGCAACAUACACUGUUCUCAUGACAAACUGUAAUACAUCUCGUUUGGAUCAAUGCAAAUGUAAGGGAACAAAAAGAGGAACAAUGGCUGACAUUGGAGUGAUUAGCUGCUACAUUACAAUUGCGGCAAUUCUAUUUUUCUUGAUUGUUCUCAUCAUAACACGGCUUAGGUCUGACAAAAUAUCUCGUCAGUGUCAAGUCAAGUUUAGUGUUGGUGUGGCUUUCUUGUGUGUUGCUGUUAUGUACAUUCUGUCUGUGUGGCCAAAUUGGGCUGAAUUUCUCAACAAUGCAGCAUGCAAAGCAGUUGCAUCUCUUCUACACUACUUUCUUACCGCUCUGUUUUUGUGGCUGGCUGCAGAUGCAUAUGUAGCAUUAACAACUUAUGGUUACUCUGCAAAUAGCAGCGAUGGUAGUAGGAAAGGUGACAAGUUUUUUAUGAACGCAUCUAUUGUCUGCUGGGGAAUACCAUUGAUUGUUAUUCCUGCUUGUCACAUCGUUGAAGCAGCUGUUAGUAAAGCUGAUUGUUACUUGUAUGGAGCAACAGUAGAGAUUGACCCAAUGAUGACAAAUGGAGAAGAGAAAGCACAAGUUUGUUGGAUUAAGAGCUACUACAUUGUGAUGGGAGUACUAGCAGUUCCUGCUUGUGUUAUUGUGCUAUCCAGUGUGGCGAUCUAUUGUUAUGUACUCAUUAAAAAAGCUAGAGGAACGAACCAGUUGUCUCUUAUUUCUUCACUGCUUGUAGUUGUCCUUAUUGCAUUGACAUGGGCAUUUGGACUUAUCACUCUCACAGAUCACAGUGACUUUUCUAACUCAACGUGUGAAUCAUUCUCGUUGUUUUACUACUUCUUUGGAGUCUUUCAGUCUGCAACUGCAGUUGUUAUGAUAGUGUCUUUGUGGUUUAUUGCUGAAGUAAAUCAAGGAGUGAAAGAUGUGUUAAUGUCAUCGGAUGACCACACGUCAUCAGCAUCUGAUGAACAAUCUGAUGUGCUUUCGUUUUCAUCUGGAUUGCCUCCAACUGGAGAUAGACCAAAAAAGGAACAACAGAAAGGUGUUCGCUCCAAAUCAUCAUCAGGAUAUGUGAAGAGUGGUGACCAGAUUCCAUUAGAAACACUUAAUAGUUUAAUGCCAUUUUCUAUGGACUUAGGACAACAUCAGGUUGCUAUUCCUGCUCAACGAGGAUCGACUGACACUUUGGACACAGAGGGAAGAACAAUGACUGUUGUAACACGAUCUAUAGGUGAAGGGCAGUCAGAUGGCAGCUGGAAAGAUGACGACAACAUGGAACAAGGCAGUUGUGUUGAUGUAGAGAACAAUGAAAGCAAGGAAGAAAACAAAGUGGAAACACAAGGUGAAGAAAUGGAGAAAAAUUACAAGCUGAUUGAUGAAGUGGCAGGAACAGAUGGGAAGGAUAUAACAAACGGGACAGGUGCAAUGUUUGAUGUUAAUGAGACUGACAGUGACCAAGAUACAUCAGAUUCACUUGUCAAAAUUUCAACUGUAGAAAUUGAUCCCUAUUUUAACUUGUCUGUGACGCAAACUAAGCUUGUAUUUCAAGUAGAUGGUGUGUUCAGUGGUGAGGUCAACAGUCCACCAACACCAUUACUCAAACGAGCAGACACAGAAGAAAGUAGCAAUAACAAUGCUUCCACAACUAAUGCUGUCAUCUCACCUGACAAUGUGAACGUCAAUGUUUUUGUUCCAAAUCAAACAUCUGUGCCUGCAACAACCACUGCUGUUGAACAAGAAACAAAUAAGGAAAUUGGAAGAAAGUAUAAUGAAGAUGCACAGUUUGAAGAAGAGACCGAGUCUGAAGAUUCAGAGUCAGAUGAUACUACAGAGUCACAUGAUCCACAGUCUGAUGAAUCUGAGAGUGCUGAUAAAGUCGCAAAUCUUCCUUCUGCACAAGAUUCUUUAGCUCGAAACAUACGUGAGCUUGAUGACGUGCUUUCCAUUUCUCAAUCAUCGUUACAAGAGUUUGAAGAAAGUGUACAACGUGACAAGUUAUCAGCACAUUCGUCUUUCAGACCUACUCCAGGAAGAGCAUUACCUGUAAAUCUUGGCUAUUUACAACAUGAUGUUGAGCAUACCACAAGGUAUACUUCUCCUCCCAGACGAGACCGUUCUGUGAGGAAAUUGCUAAUUCCUCCAAAACCUGUCAUUAAUCAAAAUGACUAUCACAUCAUUGGCAGUCAGGCACCAAUGAUUGUAACAGAGGUUCGACAGCCAAGACGUAUUCAGCAAAGAGGGUUACAUCUAGCAUCUUAUCCACGUUAUGAACAUGAAAUGGGUCGUCGCAGACAUGUUGUGCCAAAAUCUGAGAUGUACCAAGCUCAUCAAAACAGACGACCACAGGCAUACCAUGUUCAACCCAAUUACUCACAAGAGUGGCAUGAUGGGUACAGAUACCAUCGCACACCAGUUCACUAUUCCAGUCAGUUUGCUUAUGGUGUACGCCCACGUCCUCGACCUCAGUAUUAUUCUGAAGACAGCUACUUUGAGAGGCCACCUCCUUCACAUCAGUAUUACAAAAGGUCAUCUCCAGGUGUGGCCUACCGCUAUCCUAUGUACUCAAGACGUCCACCACCUCGACCUGGUAGGUUACUGGUGACUGAACCAGUUGAGUUUUGGGAUAGUCGUAUGGCGCCACCACCCCGUUUUGCUCAUCCAGUUGUAAAACCAAGCAGCACUGCCUACAAAAGAGAUAGGAUGGAUGAACUGUAUUUCUUCCCGGGAACAGCACAAGAAACAAAAACUAUGCAUGAGGCUUUACUUGGCGAAGACAAUGAAAGUGCAUUGGACGCAUGGUAUGAUGAUCAGUAAUCAAACAAAGCAGCCAGCUAGGAUUGUCAAUGGAUCUAGCGGUGAGUGUAACUGUGUACAUACAUGUAUAGCACAUCAAACCAGAUUACAAAUCAGAUGAAAUGUGUGGACACUAAUCAAUAAUGACAGUAAAAUUGCAAGUUUUGCUGUUACUUACUUACAAAAGUUGAAUCCAGGUUAUCAGUUUUGCGUUAUUGGUCAAAGCUGUAUUAUGGAAUAUGUGAUAUCUAAUUUGGAUGCAUGCAUGACAUCUGAUACACACGAAGUUCAGUC